GACUCUCGCAUUUUAUAUUAUUGGAUUUAUUUCUCGAAACAUCCAUUAACAUGUCAAAAUGUAACAACCCAAAUAAAAGUCAAAUUAUAGGAUCAAGAGUAGAAAUAAAAAUCGCCAGAGCCUAGUUCAAUUAAUAGUCGGUGAAAGUGGCAAAUACGAGAACUCAGGCAGCGACGCGAGACGAUCGCGAGUGGUCGUGCUAGCGCCCCGACGUGGCGGAAGGUAGGGAAAAACAUAUUGCGCGGUUUAAUAUCGCAACACAACAACGUUUUAAAAAUAUUAUAGUCUUAUGAAGAUCAUAACAAUGCAUUACUAGUGAUCGAAGUGAAUUUGUGCGGUUUAUGUUGAUCGUUGUAGUUACUAAUUUGUUCUAAUGUGCGAUAAAAAAUCUAAUGCGGAACGAAAAAACAUCAGUGGUAACGGAAAUAGUUGGAAAUAUGUUAAACAGUUGUGAGAGAUGAUUAAGAAAUGAUGAAUGGAUUAAGCCAUCCGGAGGCGCAGUGCGAGCCGACCAGCUUGGAGUACAUGGAGGAUCCGUACUUCGUGCCUCCGGAUGACGACUCCACACCCAGCUUCGACGUGGCCGUGGACGAGCUGGACGAUCUGAGCGAGGCGGUCACCUGGCCUCAGGAUGACACCGAAACCGACUGGCGCACGUUACCCGACCUCGCUGAAUCAGCACUCUGCAUAGAAACCGAAUUCUAUAUGGACAAUCGUAGACGUAGAUUGAGAAUAUUCAAGAAGAAAAUAAGAGAAGUCAGAGUUACCUUCCAGGAUCUAUCCAAACCGUACCUAGCGAAGGUUUCCAGCCACAAGAACUAUAAAAAGUUUUUAGGUAUUACGCCAGGAGCCGAGGAAGCAAUGCCUGGGUCUGGUGCUGGAGACGCUCACACUCCUGACGAGCUGGCAGGUCUCACUCCGGAACAGGCGGAACAACUACGAGCUGAAUGGAGCCGGGAACUGGCGAGGGUAGAAGACGAGAUAUCCACCCUGAGAACUGUGUUACAGAGCAAAAUCCGCCAGAGCUCCGAUUUGAAACGUAAACUUGGCAUCACCGUAUGGAAGGAGAUAACGGAGGACGUCAACCAGGGCUUGAAGAACGUCAAAGAGAGCCAAGUUUAUCAAACGAUAGAAACACGCGUGGGUGCACUUACACAGGCGGUUACUGACACGCUCAUAUACCAAAAAACCGAGUCUGUGAUAAAAUCAACCGCCGAGAAGACGACGUCCAUACUGGGAGGCAUCACGGCCGGUGUGAGCAGCAAGCUCGGCCAGAUGAGGAACUCGGAGUCGUUCAGGUCCAUCGAGGAGCGUGUGGGGAGCGCUUACGAAAACGUUAAGGGUAAGGUAGCGUCCCGUUCCAACUCUACUCAGAGCUUUGACGAGGCCCUCCGUGACGCGAGCCGCUCUGCUAGCGGCGCAACCUCCCCCUCCAUACCGGAGAACAAAGCACUGCCCUAAUGACACACACAAACAAACACUAAUGCCACGCCGCAUUGACACACGGAACACGGUACAUGCUAGACGACACGCGAGCGACAUGACUAGACAUGUGGAGGAGAGACAACGGGCGUUUUUUCAAACGCGCCAGCGCAGUUUAAAAUUAUUGGCAACUAAAAGAUUGUGGCUGGCGAGAAAUCGCAUAUUAAUUUUUUUAUUGUACACUAAAAUAUAAUUUGGAUGUAACUGGAUGAUAUUCGCAAAAGCGAGAUCCGAUGUCUGCUUUAAAGAUGGCGUUUACCGUUUCCGAAAUAAAAUAGCUCGUCGACUAGAAUGUACCGGCCUACACACGAUACUGAAACAUCCAUUGUUUGUAAUUGGCUGAAGAUAUUGUCUUAUUUAAAUUAAAAAUAUUCUAAAAUGAAAUUCAUUAUUUACCACGAACCGUAUCUUAGUUCAGACUUCUUCAGCAAAUUGCUGUUAGCUUACAGAGUCAACAGUGUUCUUGAGAUGAUAUCUAUUUAUGAAAUAAUAAAAAAACUUGUAUAAGAAGUUUUCACCCUCAUAGCACCGUAUAAACCCCACAAUAAUUGCCACGUGUCACUGAUUAUUGUGUUGCCAGGUCUUAUUGGUGUCUAUCGCUGUACUUAAAGUUGGUCAAAUUCAAAUUCAGAACUAUAUUUAUAAUCUAUGUGUCGUCGUUCACAGCAUCUGCCGUUUAUUAGUUCUGUUGAAUUUGUUGACAAAGCGGCGUGAAAAUAUCCUAGUGUUAGAAUUAAAAUGGCAAGCUUCGGGCUGAUAUUGGACAUUUGAAUUGUAUUAACUCGUAACUUACUGUUCUUGGCAUUCCAUGCUAUAUUUAUUGAUCUUGUUACUGUGUAUUUGUAAAUGAGUUAUGGAGAAGGGUAUAUCGAACUAAUUGUAUGAGAAGCUUCGACGAGCACUUUUAUAUGAAUAUUAUAUACUUGUUGAAAUCGAAUAAAGAAUUAAAUUACGAUGCAGUGACCACUUGAUGUGUUUAUUGCAUGCUGAUCGCCGUUGCCUGUCGAGUCCAGUUCAAAAGAAGAUAUUUUUAUAAAAUGCUUAGCUUUCCUUUAAUUAAAUAUAAUACUAUUGUUUACAUUAAAGUAAUAAACAAAUUUAUGUAAUUUAA